ACAGGCUUCCUUAAGCCAGAUUGAUUAUUGAUAGAAUGAAAAAGUUUAAGAGGAGACUUUCCCUAACCUUGCGUGGAAGCCAGACCAUUGAUGAAUCACUGUCUGAGCUGGCAGAACAAAUGACAAUUGAAGAAAACAGCAGCAAAGAUAACGAGCCUAUUGUGAAGAAUGGCAGGCCUCCGACGUCUCACAGUAUGCACUCAUUUCUUCACCAAUACACAGGAUCUUUCAAGAAGCCCCCUUUACGGAGACCACAUAGCGUUAUAGGAGGCAGCCUUGGCUCUUUCAUGGCAAUGCCUAGGAAUGGAAGCAGAUUAGAUAUAGUACAUGAAAAUCUGAAAAUGGGAUCAGAUGGUGAAAGUGACCAAGCUUCUGGAACAUCAUCUGAUGAAGUCCAAUCUCCUACAGGUGUUUGCCUCAGGAACCGGAUACACAGACGGAUCUCUAUGGAGGAUCUGAACAAGCGCUUGUCACUACCUGCAGACAUCAGGAUACCUGAUGGAUAUCUAGAAAAGUUGCAGAUAAACAGUCCACAAUUUGAUCAACCAAUGAGUCGACGUUCUCGUAGAGCAUCACUAUCAGAAAUUGGAUUUGGGAAAAUGGAAACUUACAUCAAAUUGGAAAAGCUUGGAGAGGGUACUUAUGCAACAGUAUAUAAGGGAAGAAGUAAAUUGACAGAGAACCUGGUAGCUCUAAAAGAAAUCCGACUGGAACAUGAAGAGGGGGCACCAUGCACAGCCAUAAGAGAAGUGUCAUUAUUAAAAGACCUAAAGCAUGCAAAUAUUGUUACUUUACAUGAUAUUGUCCACACAGACAAAUCUUUGACUCUCGUCUUCGAGUACCUGGACAAGGACCUUAAGCAGUACAUGGAUGACUGUGGUAACAUCAUGAGUAUGCACAAUGUAAAGCUAUUUUUAUACCAGAUUCUGCGUGGUUUGGCCUAUUGUCAUAGGAGGAAGGUGCUACAUCGAGACCUGAAGCCACAAAAUCUACUCAUUAAUGAGAAAGGAGAACUAAAGCUAGCAGACUUUGGUUUGGCUAGAGCGAAGUCUGUUCCUACAAAGACCUACUCCAAUGAAGUUGUCACAUUAUGGUACAGGCCACCUGAUGUUCUCCUUGGAUCUUCAGAAUAUUCAACUCAGAUUGACAUGUGGGGUGUUGGAUGCAUAUUUUUUGAAAUGGCAUCUGGAAGACCUCUCUUUCCUGGUUCAACUGUUGAAGAUGAACUGCACUUAAUUUUCAGACUUUUGGGAACUCCUUCUCAAGAAACAUGGCCGGGCAUUUCUUCCAGUGAUGAAUUUAGGAACUACAACUUUCCCAAAUACAAACCACAGCCUCUAAUCAACCAUGCACCAAGGCUAGACUCCGAAGGAAUUGAAUUGAUAGCAAAGUUUCUUCAGUAUGAAUCUAAGAGAAGAGUUUCGGCAGAAGAGGCUAUGAAACACGCAUACUUCAGAAGUCUAGGAACAAGGAUACAAGCUUUGCCUGAAAGUGUCUCUAUAUUCAGUCUGAAAGAGAUUCAGUUGCAGAAAGAUCCUGGCUUUCGAAAUUCCUCUUACCCCGAGACAGCACAUGGGAAGAACAGAAGGCAGAGCAUGCUUUUUUAAAGAUGGUAAUGCAGUUUCAAGCCCAAGAGUAUCUCAUCAAUCAAGGACUCAGAACUGAAGUUUCUUUCGGCGGACUUGGAAUCUCAGUUUGUCUACACUGUCCUCUUCACAGUGGAGUCUUUUAUUUCCAACAUGCAGAUUAUGUCUUUAUAUUUGUUGUCACAGUGUGACAAUUUUUUGUACAGUUGGUUUUAAGGUCUCCUCUGCCAUUAGAGCCAGUAGGUUACAGCUAUUGAUGUAACUGUAGCUGCAAUUUUUGUGCAGAACUGAGAAACACAGUGCAUUAUUUAUUGCGGAAUCAUUGCUGCUAAAUAACUACUGUCUGUAUAGUUAACACAACAGUUGAAUGCCCGAAAAAGUUGCAAUGGCUUUAGAAUAUGUGAAUGCAUCUGUUUCUCUUCAUAAACUGUUCUAUGGCUGCAGUUUUGUAUUUUUUAAACUGCAGUGUUUCCUGGAAUGUAAACAUAGCUUUGCUUGACUAUAGGUGAAUCAUCUUUAACGCUCUAAGUUCAUAGCACUUAAUUCCUUAUUUAACAUUGGCAAUACAGUAGACAAAAUAUUAUAAAGCACAUUUUGUUUUAAGAGAGUUGAUUCAAACAAGUGAAUGGUUAUCUAUUAUUUGCUCUCAGAUCUUAUAUCAGUUACAGGUAAAGGAGAUGGGAUGAUAAAUUUUGUCAGGAUUUACUCUGAUUGAAGAUAUUUGCACAUUAUUGUGCAUAUGGUUCCUCCUGAUGCAAUGACUUUUUUACCUGAUUUUUAACCUAGUUAGAAAUAUAAAUAGUAAAAAGAUAAUUCGUGUACAUUAUGCCCUGUUUUUCUUUUGAAACUAUCUUUGUCUUUACAAGAGAACAGGAUGACUAAUUACAAGAGCGUGGGAAUAAUGUCCCAUUUCGCACCCUCUUGUUGCUCCCUCAUUACGACAUUAUUCACUUGAAAUCAACUGGAAAGAUGCAAAUACAUACUUGAUAAGAACUCACUAUAUGCUACAGACAUUUGAAAACAUGGGAACUUAGAGGGUUUUUAAGAUCUUAGAUGUUAUCUGUUUACCAGAUAUAGUAAACAUGUUACUACUAUGCUUAUGCAUCUCAGUGAGUAUCAUAAGUACACCCUUGGUAAUGGUAACUAUUUUUAAGCAUUUGUGUUCACCUUUAUGAACCUAUUUGUUUAGUGCAUCUUAAAGAGACUGUAAAUCUUUAUUGGUAUAUUUUGAAAUGGUCAUGUAAAUCUUUGGCUGGUAUAUCAUGAAUAUAGUCAUAGAUAACUUAAUUUUUUCCUGACAUUCACUGUAAAACAUUCAGGGGUCCUACCAUUUCGGUUCAGGAAAUCUUGUAGUUUAUUGUUAUUUAACAGUAUUAAGUGAAUUUUUGUAUAUUUCAUUUUAACUUUAUUUGUGAAUAGUGAUUGUGGCAUGUUUGGGAGCGUUUUAUUAAUAUUUCUUGAUACUGGUAAAUUUAAUUGGGAUUUUUUUUUAUUUUCUGGAAGAGAAAAACUCAUGUGUAAUGGUGAAUAUUGGACCACUACUGCUUUUCAGCAUUUGUAAACUGGUUUUAUGUUAAAGAAACCCUGUAGGCCUAACAAACUGCUGUUAUUUCUAAUUGACAGACCUGUAUUAAUAUUGUACUUUUGAAAGUAUAAAUAUUAUAUGGAAUUCCUUGGUUUUGUUUUGAAGUUUAUAAUUACUAAGGCUUUAUGUUGUUAAAAUAUGGAUUUGGUGAACUGCAGUUUUUUAGGAAGUUGUUAGUACAGCUCCAUAAAUAGCAGGACUGAUUGAUUCUAAACUUAGCUUAUCACUAACUCUCAUAACAUUGAAGCAGUAGCAGUGGCAUCAGCUGGACUCUUCAGUAACUGAUCCUAGAAGGGAUUUUGCCAGGAAAAACGGCCUCAUUGUAAUUACUGAGUGUCCAAUUCUUCAGUUAGAGGAAAUAUCCCAUGGAUGUCAGGUAGGCAUUUUGCCUAAGACUCAGGGUCCAAUGCAUAUAUGUGCUUCCCAUUGAUAUCAGUGGGAGAGCUCUAAGUACGUUGAAGGGCAGAAUUUUCCUGCGAGGAAGAACUGAAAAGAUUGUCCCUAGAUAACUUAUAUUUUUAUACAUUCAGUAUGGAAAUCUGAUACAGACUGCAAUGUAUUAGUAAACUUUGCAGGAAAAAAAGACUGAAGUGUCAUGUAUCUCCUAAGAUAGAUAUCAGAAGAAACUGUCUAGUUGUGUACAUGCGAAUUAAACAAGAUUUGGAAUAAAAUGCUCUAUGUGGAGACAGUAGAAAUUAACGUUAAUAAGACUCUACCAUUUUAAAUUAUGCCUAGAUUACAGUCGUAAGACUAAUAAAUCAAAAUCUGGCAUUUUUUAAUGAUUCGAGAGUAAGAACUUUUUAUCAGUAAAAUGUUUAUAUAAUACGUUUGGAAGCUUCUUAUGGAGUCACAGCUGGCACCUCCGUAAUUAAGGAUGAGUCAUUUUGCACUCAAAGCAGGAAUUCAUUCUCUUGCUUAUGUAUGAAAAAUACUGUGUAUCCUCCAUAAAAUCACUGCAGUUACUUUGAGUAUAGAACAAUUUUUCUGAGAAUU